AACAAAGUCUGAGAUGAGGCGACUUACGACGAGCAUGGAGCAUGUCAGUAUAUCAUGUGGUGAUCAUUAUAUAAAAAGUAAUUUCAGAUUUAUGAAAAGUCAGGAAAGACUAUCGAACUUAUAUAUUUUCUUUGGUGUUUGACCUAAUUAUUUUCACGAAAGGAAGUAAAUUUGAAUGACAGGACUCAUCAGGUUACCCGGUUAUAAAACAGAUCACAUGUUUAUCUGUUUUGCAACUGCAAGGUAGAAGCAUGAAAGAUGAAUAGGUGGGAGGAUGUUCAGUUCAGUGUGGUUCUCAGCACAUCUGUGGAAAAUGUGAACUUAUGAGAGUGAUAAUGCAGAAAAUUUUGUGUGAAUCAUAAUGUGAAAUCACAUUCUAAAUUAAUACUUGGAGGAAACACAUGGCAUCAGACGAUUAUUUCUGUAAGUACUGUGCUCUAGAGUCAGAAGGAUUUGAUAAUCCCUAUGCCUACCAGUUAGAUCUUGAGAAAAAGAACUACAAAGAGAUUUUUCCUGAACUCCUUCAUAAGGAUUUCCAUUCCAAGUCUGAAUACAUCUGUGCAAGACAUCGUUUUGGGAUAUCAGUUCACCAUCAAACUACCGUGAAGAGGGGAGAUAAACCGGGAAAUGUUAAUGUUUCAAGCUUCAAAUUAAACAUUGCUAAUCCCAAGGCAAGAGAAGAGAGAAAGAAUUUUGAGGAGAAGAAAGUGCUGAGGCAGGGGUAUGUGAGUCCGAGAUCAGGUAUAUCAAAACCAGUUAUGGACCAAGGAGUAAAACAUGGUGCAGUUUCACAGGAUACAGGAUUUCACAAACUCAGUAAGGGGUCCCAGUGCUGCUGCUGUUCUCAGUAUCACCAUCACACUUUCGAAUCUCCAGAGUUUUACAUACCCAGAGAUGACUUGUGCUCAAGACUCGAGGCAACUCUCACACAAAACCACCGAGAAGUGGACCUAGCCAAUGAAACAUUUCUAAACAUAAGCAAUGCAUUUUGGUAUCCUAGCUUAUGCCUGAAUCAAUUUUCAUCAGAAUUUGUGUACACAAACUUUGAGACAUUAUGGCCUGUGGAGAAUGCGUUGAGAGAUAUUUUACGAGACAGUGUUCAGAACACGGUAUUACGUGCUGCCAUUCCUCAGCUAACAAAGGUUGCCAUAGUUUGUGGACCAAUAGACAUGUUGAAAUCUCUCAUCUCACUGUCAUUAGUCAGACUUGACACCUCAAUAGAAGAAGAGGCGGCGCUCCUUCACUACGCCUGUUUGUUUAGAAGACUGGACAUAAUAAGUUACUUAACUAGUAUAGGAGUCCACGUCAAGCUGAAAGACAAGCAUGGGAAUUAUGCAGAUGCACUAUGCUUUAGUUCCGAAGUAUACAAACAUCUUCCUAAUAAAUACAAGCUCAGUCAUAUCACCUGCCCUACCUCAAAACUUCCCAGUGCUCAGGACAGAAACAUCAUUUUCUCACUGGCAAAGUCACCAAGGUCCCUGUACGAGAUUCAGAAGAAGUUACAGUCGUUUGAAUUCAACGUGAACACAGAGUGUGAUGAAACUGGCAACUUCCUGAUCCAUCUGGUCACUGAAACAGGUCUGUGUCAGCUGCCCCUCAUCUACAGCCUGAUACACAUACAGCAUGCUGACAUUGAGCUCUGCAACUCGGACGGACUGACCCCUCUCAUGAUAGCAGCUAUAGAGGGCGCUAACAUACUCUGUGAUGUCCUUGUCUGUGUGUUUGGAGCGGACACCAACAAGAGCAAUGUUCAGACGGGACGGACAGCCUUACACUACGCUACCCAGUACAAUCAUGUCAACGUCGUCGCGACAUUAAUUAAAAGAGGAGCUGAUUUCAACAAGGAAGAUUAUCGAGGCUUGCGACCUGAUGACCUCAAUGUCGAUAUCUAUCACCAUGAUGACUGUAAGGACAUCAUUACAUCACAUAGGGCACAAAGAAUUCAACAUCUCACUGAUAUUGUGAAAAAUGGGAUGGUGAAGAGAAGUGAUUUGUGGGAGUCUGACAUCACUGUGACAGAUGAAGACAACUUCACACUGUUAAUGUUAGCAGCUGUGUAUAACAGACUUGAAAAUGUAAAAACCAUUCUGGAAGUCAAUACAAGCUCCAUUAAUGCACAGUACUAUCAGCUGAUAGAGAAUCCCUUGAAUGACUUUAAUACUGGCAUGACAGCUUUAAGUAUGGCUGCCAUGAAAGGACAUGCUGAUAUAAUUCACCAUCUUCUGUUGAAAGGAGCAAGCCCCGUGAUCUCAGACAUAAAGCAGUUGUUUCCCCUUCACCAUGCAGUACUACACAACCAGGAGGAAGCUGUGACAGCCAUAUUAGAGUUCUUCCCUAUGUCUUACAAGGGUUUGUUUGAUGCCAUGAAAAUGAGCAAGAAGACACAUAUCCACAAUAUUGUGAAACAAGCUUGGCAGAGGAGACAGGAGGAGCUCGUGAGUAGGUUGUUGUUCGAGUCCUGUGUGUCUGGGAAAGCAGAACAGUUGUACUGUAUCUUAGAGGAGGGUGAUAAUGUAGACCCAAAGAGUGGUGUAGGAAACUGGCCUUUAUACUUAGCUGUAGAACAUGGGCGUUUAGAAAUUGUUAGGUUGCUGUGUCAGAAAGGGGCGGACAUCCGUAAGCGAUACAGCCCCACAGGUUCCACCCUCCUGCACACAGCCGCCCUAAUGGGGCACGUGGAAGUGAUGGACUAUCUUCUGGAGCUCUGCCGGCCCCUAAAGAAGAGCACCGAGCAAUACAAGUUUGGCUAUUUCCAUCGAGGUCUGGAUAUCAACACUGUCAAUAAGGAAAACAAAACGGCUCUCCAGGUGGCAGCGGAGAAAGGAUACAUGAAGAUUGUAAAGUCCCUGCUGUUACAUGGAGCAACUACCUCGGUGUUAGAUGCUAAUGGCGUUCUUUUCUGUCUCCCCGAGUUUGGGGGAGUCUGGCAGGAAAUCAGUGUCCACAGACUUAGGCAUUCCAACCAUAUCUUCAACUUCAUCACGCGGGACUCCAAGAAAAACUUAGCUGCUCUCAUGAAAAUAUGGCUUCCUGGAUUUGACCACAAUCUGCGAGACAAAAAGGGAAACACCCCCCUCAUGGUGGCAUGUCAGGUUGGAGUCCCCGAAAUCAUCUUAUUUUUACUGCAAUCUGCUGUCUACCCACAAUCAUUGUUUGAGGAAGACGAUGCCAUAUCAACCUAUGAUGACAAUGACUCUGGUGUCCAAGACACAGUCCCUCCUUUAGCCAGCAGGAACUCUUACCUCUCAUACAAGGAUGAUGAUUUGCUGAGAAGUUUUGAAUUUUCUCGUGAUUAUGGAAAGGAGGCUUUCAACUACAGAUCAGACAAUGAUAUGCCAACAAGUCCAUUAGAAACGCUUUUGAAUGAUGUGGAAAAGCCAAAAGGACUCAGCAUUUUUCAUGAUGGACUUGUGAGUCAUGUUUGUGCUGUGAAUCCAACCAAUGGCUGCACGGCACUUCAUCUUACUAUUGAGAAGGGAGAUAACUUUAAAAUUGUCUCUCUUCUGGUGAAUGCUGACCCUAGCUGUGUUAACAUGCAGGACAACAAGGGCCUGACCCCACUCCACUACGCCUGUAAGCUGAAACGGAAGAAGAGUGCUGAAGUCUUGUUGAGCGUUGAAGAGAUAGAUGUAAAUCUGCUUUCUCUGAAUGGCAGUCUGGCGGAGGACAUGGCCACGGAUAAAUCUCUAAUAAAACUGAUCCAUCAGUACAGGAAGGGCCAGCCUGUCAGACAAAGAGUUGAACCAAGAGGUGUAGCCUCGUCAACGGUCUCCGACUUCUGUCUGCGGUCAACUCCCAGCACACAGAUGGCAUCUACUGUCAACUUUGAUAAAAUUCAGGGACGAUUCGAAGCUCUGAAAAGGCAGAAAAAAGAUUGAUCGACUUUGAAGGAGAUUCAAGAUUUUGGAAGGUCAUUAUUUUGGUAAUUGUGACAAGAGACUUUUGUCCCAGAUAAUUCACCAGGCAACCGUCUAUAAGGUAACGGUUAAACAAUGAGAUUUGUUCAACUUAAUUCGGUGGGAAUGUUCUGAUGUGAAACUAAGACUUGAUGUGUACACUAGAGGCAAUAUGUGAAAGGGAUUAGUCAGUAUAAUUCACAGGGAGAGUGUUUGAGAUGUUUUACUGAUUAGUCAGUAUAAUUCACAAGGAGAGUGUUUGAGAUGUUUUACUGAUUAGUCAGUAUAAUUCACAGGGAGAGUGUUUGAGAUGUUUUACUGAUUAGUCAGUAUAAUUCACAGGGAGAGUGUUUGAGAUGUUUCACUGAUUAGUCAGUAUAAUUUACUGACCCAGAUUCCUGCUUUCUCAGUGAUGUACGUAUAUCUGUAUUUAUGUAAAAUGGCAAUUUUACCUGUUGUGGUUGUAGAAUUAGUUGUAGUGUUAUGUGUUCUUGUAGAUUGUUUGUGACAAACAAGUGAUUUUCAUGCGUAAGAAAAAUUGCUUCCAAAUUUUGGUAGUCUUCCCUUGCAAAAAUCAUUUAAAUUUUCCAAAACGGUGUCAAAAUUUCCCCAUGAGAAGUGAUUAAAGUUUUAUUUCAAUUUUAGAAAACGAAUUUUGUAACUACUAUUGUGUCAAUAUUGUCUUGAUGAAAGAGAAUAUUAGACAGCAACAGGAUGUUUUCAUCAUUUAUAAAGGUUUUUAAGAAUGCAUUAAAAAAACUAUAGUUACAAAAAAUCAAUAUUAUAUAAUUUUUCUUCACAGAAGAACUCCAAAUAUCCCAAAAUGUUGCUGAUCCCCCCCUCCCAAUCAAUAGGGCAUAGGGUAGCUUUUAAAAUGGGUGAAAAAACUACUGCAAACAGCAGGAGAUGAUGUUUGGCUGAAGUGAAAAAAAGAUUGAUUUUCAACGUCUUUUUUAACAAUAUUUUACUAUCACUGUGUAAAUAAAAACCCUUAAGAUGACAUAAAAUGUUAAUGCAGUCAGGACAUGUGGAGGAGCUUAUGGAAGGAUUGCAAGUUAAGGAGGAAUACUACAUUGUCAUAAUGGCUGACUUCCUUUUAAAAGAUGAAUGAAAAUAUGAAUAUCAGUAAUAUUAAUAUUCCUUUUCUAUUUGAUUGCCUAGCUGGGAAGCUCAGUCAGUUAACAUUUCGACAGCUGAUCUGCAGGUUUGAGUUUAGAAGAGGUUUUAAUUUCUUUACAGAUUACUUUCUACUAAAACUGCAUUUAUUGACUAAAUAAAGUAAAUUUGAAAGUUUUUAAUUUCAAAAUAUUAUUGUUCAUGACCUCCACAUUUCAUCCAUAUUGAAUUUCCCUGGUGUGUUAUAACCUCCUUAAUUCAAUUCUCAGUAAUAGAACACAUCAGCCAUCCACAAGAUUACAACAGUGUGCAAGUAUGGGUUUGCUUAUACAUUUUACAUCUCUUAAUUAUCAAAAAUUGUUUUAAGAAUCCCUUAGUUUUACUAUAAAGCAUCUCUAAAAGAAUGUUUAGAUUGUUUUUUUUUCCUGAUAUCAGUCUCGGUGAUUUAUUUUUUAGAUAUCGGGGGUUGCUAAUGCUACAAAUGUUGUAUGUGUUUCGCAAUACUCACACGUGUAUGUAAAUAUGUCUUCUAUUAGAAAUAGAUGAAGUGUCCUAAAGAAUAUAUGUCAAGUUUUGUUACAAUUUUGUUAAGUAGUGUGUACACAUAGAAAUAAGCUCCUCGCUCAACUUACCCUGCUUUUUAUUUUAAUACAAAGACGGCCAGUUUGUUGUACCACGUGAUAAGUCAAACUGCUUAUCACAUUGAUCAUGUUCGUAUAUUUUUUACUAUGCUGUAUGUAUGUAAAUUUUAUGUACCGGAAACGAAAUUUUAUCUAUAUGUACCUGUAUUGGUGAAUUUCUAUUGAUAUGAACCAGUUCCCUACAAAUUGAUAUUCACAUUUUUGCGACCAUUAUGCUAGGGUCUAUCUUGAUAGUGACGUAGAUGUACAGUGUAUGUUCAGGGUAAGGGAUGGCCGUGGAUUAUGCAAUUAUAUCUUCCAGAUUAAAUUUUGCUUUAAAUUAUAAUUUUUCUGUAAUUUUAACACUUGUAUUUCAUUUAGUAAGUCUGCAAUUAGUUGUAUCAUAUAUAUCAGGUAAUUGGCAGAUGAUGAAAAUCAGCCAAAAAUGAAAUUUUAAACCUUUCCAUACAUUUUAAAUUUUAAACAGUUGUUAUUGCAUGAAAUGAAAAUAAUCAGAAAAUAUAUUUCCAAUGUUUUUGCCUUUGAUAUCUUAACAAUUGAAAUGAUAACCAUUUCCACAUGACUGUGAACAAUGUGCGUAUGAAUCUUGGUAGAUAUAGUACGUCUAUUUCAAUGACUAGGAAUUCUGACAGAAAUGAAAGUAAAAUGUAAAUAUUGAAAGUAAAUUUCAUUUUUUUUUAAAAAACAUAAGGGCAUGAACUGCGACAUUUUACGCCAUCAUACUUCAUUAAGCGUGUUGCUCUUUACAAAAAAAAAGCACCAAUGUGUUCAACUACAUUUUGAAGAAUAAUUGCCUAACUUUGAAAACACCCAAUGUGCGGCAAUUAAAGAAUGUGUAAGUAGCAUAUUUCUGAACUACAAUAAGCAUUACAAAAUUCUAAAGCACACAAAUUUACACAUGUUAAUCAUCACACAACGAACGAGAAGGUUGUUUAAAUGAAAUAUCGGUACUAAAUAUUCAAGUUUGUCUAUCAUAGUGCUACAUGGUAUUUAUACAAUUAGAAUUACAAUUGGUGAGUCCUAGUGACAUUUUGAUUCAUGUCCCUGCAUUACAGUAUAAACUUGGCUGUAUGACAGGUCUGUAAUAAGAUGAUUGUAUUGUUUCAGGAUAUUUUGGAUGUUUUUGACAAUUGACUCACUUAUGAGAGUCAUCUAUUUUACUUGAACCAUGCCAUCCAUUUCAGAUCAAGAUUGUAUUACAUUUUGCUUCUCUUCUGAUCCGGUUUUCUAGAUAUGAAUAGGUUAUAUAUAUAUUUACAUUUUCCAUGUUUUUGCCUUUGAUAUAUUUAUAUUGUAAUGAUAGCCAUUUCCUCAUGAAUUCGCUGCAACCAUAAACAAUGUGUGCAUAAAUCUUGAUAAAUAUAUUGCGUCUGUUUUAACGACAGGGAAUUCCGACAGACAUGAAAGUAGAACUUAAAUAUAAGAAAUAAACUUUACUUUUGAAAAUGCAUGAGGGAGUGAAAUGCAGCGCUUUACGUCAGCAAAUGUUCGCUUCGUGAACUACGUCGAUGUGACGCAUCGUAGUGCAUACCCUCAUGCAUUUUCCAAACCAAAAUUUAUUUCUUGAAUACAGGUAUCCGUCUUGUUUUAAUCCAUACUAAGAGAAAAACAUUCCACAUUUUAUCAGCUUUGUUCUUAUUUCCCCCACUUGUACUGAUUAAGAGUUACUAGUAUAUUACCCUGUCGUUUAUUUUUGGAUUUUUGAGCAUUGAUCUUAAUUUUUUUUAAUACAAUCCACACUUUGAUCGGUUGAGGGGACGAAUCCUUUGGCAGUAGGGCAUUGUGUUUUAGACCAAAAUCUAAAUUACAGAGUAGGAUAUAAUAGUACGCAAUUGUAGAGUCAGAUUAAUGCCUCAUAAUACCGAAAUGUCGAUAGAAAUUUAGUCAUGAAUGUGUCGGGUUUGUAAUCCCAAGUGAAAUAUCAAUGUGAUACCCCCACCACCUCACCCCAACAAAUACAGCUGUAUGUGAUUGUCUAUUUAUUCUUUAUUUUAAAAGAGAUUUGAAUGCCAAGAUUUUUAAACGUGUAUGAUUGUCUGUGUACUUUCUCUAAUGUAUUUUAAUAUUUUUAACACUAAACAUUAAUUAUUUUUUUGUCAUGGAUUAUAAUGAUUUUGAGGAGUCUUUUGAGCAGCUGAUUAUUUACUAUUGUCAGUGCAUAAUAAAUAGCACGUGUUCCAAUUCAAGCUAGGAGUAUGUACUCUUUUAAGUGGCGAUGUUUGAUGAGUGCACAACUAGUACAGUUGUAAUGUUAUACUAGUUGUAAGUGUUUGUUAUAGGUAUUUAUGGUCAACAAAGAUUAAUAUAAUUGAUAUUUCAGUUUUUAUAUUUUAUUACUCGUUUUAUCUUUCAGUUGUUAUGGGAAAUUAACAGAAUGUAUUUGAUGUAUUUGUUCAUGUUGAAGUUUCAGCGUAAUAAAAUCAUUAUGUUAUAAAUGUG